AUGCCCUUCGUCCAAGCCAACAGCCACCGUCUCAACUAUGCCGACUCCCACCCCACCGGCCCUCCAACACCAACCGGCCUAACCUUCAUCUUCAUCCACGGCCUCGGCUCAUCGCAAAACUACUACUACCCCGUAAUCCCGCACCUCACAGAAUCCCACCGCUGCAUCACAAUCGAUACCUACGGCGCCGCCCGCUCCCCAUACACCAACGACGCAGUCUCAAUCCCCGGCAUCGCAGAGGAUGUCAUCGGCGUGCUGGACGCGCUGCAAAUCCCCAAGGCCGUCGCAGUCGGCCAUUCAAUGGGCGGACUCGUAGUGACAGAGCUGGGAGCCCGAUACCCCGAUCGCAUGCAGGGUAUUGUGGCGAUCGGACCGACGCACCCGUCUGAUAUGUUAGUGACGGUUAUGAACAAGAGAUCCGCGACUGUUCUGGAGGCCGGAAUGGAACCCAUGGCAAACACCAUUCCCUCUGGGGCUGUGGGCUCGCGCAGCACCCCGCUCCAGAAGGCUUUUAUCCGGGAGCUGAUCCUCGGUCAAGACGCGAAGGGAUAUGCGGCGCUGUGUCGCGCGAUUGCGUCCGCUCAGCCGCCUGACUAUGCGGCUGUUAAGGCGCCUUUCUUGCUUAUUGCGGGUGAGGAGGAUAAGUCUGCGUCUAUGGAGGGGUGUCAGUAUAUCUAUGAGCAUGUCUCGAGUCAGCAGAAGUCUCUGGAGGUGUUGAAGGGGGUUGGGCAUUGGCAUUGUAUUGAGGCUGCUGAUGAGGUGGGUGGGUUGAUUGCUAAGUUUGCGAAGGUUGCGAAGGCUUGA